UACAAACCGACAGCACAAAAUGACAGGAAAUUGAAUACUUUUGGCUGGAACAGUGUUCUCCUUUAAACAUUCAACAUGGAUUCUAUGAUGGCGGAUGAUCCUACACUGCCAGUCAACUUUGAGGAAAGUGCCAAUAUGGCUGGCCUACCUGAUGUGACUACAGGACCUGACAUUACUGCAGCUAAUUUCAGUGACCAUUUCCCUGAUGGCAAUAUGCCAGCCAUCCAGAAGAUAAGUAGUGGGAGAAUGUCUCCAAUCAGAGCACAUACCAUGAAGGACUAUGAGCAGCAAAUAUCUGAGCUGAAGAAAGAGAAUUUUAGUUUGAAGCUGAGGAUCUACUUCAUGGAGGAGAGGAUAGAGCAGAACUUUGACGAUGACAUUAAGACAAAUAUCGAACUGAAGGUUGAAGUAGAGAGUUUAAAGAAGGAUCUAAUGGAGAAGCAACAGCUUCUAGUCAAAGCAUCAAAUGCUGUGGAGAGUCUGGCUAAUGAGAAAGAAACACUGACUGAUAGACUGAGACAAGAAAACAACCGUGCCUUAACAGAUCAAAGAGAACGUCUUGAAGUAGCAUUGCAACAAUCCAGACAAGAAUGUGAGUCGUUAAAACGAGGUAAUGAGAUACUUCAGAAGCGCCUGACUGAAGCUUCUAAUCAAGCAACUAGUCCUCAGGUAGAUCAUACAGCACGACUUGAAGAAGAUCAUAGACUGGCAAUGCAAGACAAAGACAGACAAAUUGAAGAUUUAAAUGUUGCCGUUCGAUUGAAAGAUGACAUGAUAACCCAGCUAGAAGCAGAGAAGCAGUAUGGCAUUGAAGAGAAGAUGGAACCACUUCAACAAGAACUACAACAACUAGCUAGGACACUAGAGAAUAAGAAUGCUCAGCUACAGGGAAUCAAAGAUGACUUGGACAGAGAGAAAGUUGAUGGCAGGGAGAGAGACAGACAAUAUGAGGAAGCUUACAAGGAACAGGAAAGACGACUGAAAGAUCUUGAGACUUCUUCAGAACAUAUGCAGCAAGAGUUGAAGAAUAAAGACAAGGAUAUCAAGGAUGUUCAAAACUCUCUCAGGAAAGCAGAUCAUCAAAAAAAGAACUUAGAAGAUGAGGUCGUGGACAAGGAAAGGGAAUUGAAGAACUUGGAGAGUAACACCAUGAAGAGAGACAAAGCCAUACAGGGUUUGACUGAAGCCAUUCGAGCUAAAGAUAAAGAGAUUCGACUGCUGUGUGAUCAAGCUGAUGACCGUGAGGGCGCCCUCGUGCAGGCAAGAGAAGCCAUGCAUAAAGCACAGAAAAACAAAUUUGAGGGUAUGGAACAAUACCAAGCAGCAAUGUCAGAUAUGGAAGGCAAGGUGUCAGAGUUGAAAUCAACUGUUCAUGGUAAACAACUAGAGAAUGAGCGACUUCAAAAGAGUUUGACUAGGAAGCAGGAUGAGCUGGGUAGACUGAGGCUAGAUGGGAAUGAAGCUGAACAACACCUUAAUGAUCUUCUAGAGCAGAGAGAAUUGACUAUCAAGGAAUUGAAAGGUCAGUUACAGGAUGCCAAGUUACAGACUGAUGAGAAGAUUGAUGGAGUAGAGCAACAUUACCAGGGUUUGCUUGAAGAUUCUCAGCAGCAGCUUCAGAAUAAAGAUAAGAUCAUCCAGAGAUUAACCAAAGGAUUACAAGACAAGGAUCGCUUGGUACAGGAGUACAUGGAACUUGCCCGUGAUGCUAACAAACCAACACAUGAUGAUAAUGGAGGUAACAGUGCAUUGAUUCAUACAUUGAGAGAACGACUCAAACAGAGAGAUAAAGCUGUGGAGGAAGCACUUGAAGAUAAGCUGAGAGCAGUAGAUGCUAAAGAGGCUGAAGUACGGCAGUUAAGAACAGCCUUACGAGAUCGUGACAGAGAUCUAGAACGAGCUCAGAGCACCGUCCUGAAUAAUGAAGAUAAGAUCAAUCAACUACAGAGUGAUUUGAAGGAGCGUGAAGCUAAGACAAGGCAAUUAGAUGAAUCGCUGUCUUCACAGACCCAAUCCAAUAAGGAUUCUGAUGAGAAUCAGCGUCGAUCUUUGGCUGAGAAAGACAGCAUUAUAAAGAAGCUGCAGAGAUCUUUGGAGAGUAAGGAGAAGACAUUAAAUGAUCUACAAGAUACCAAGAGACAAGCAGAUGGAGACGCUACUAAAGAAAGAGAUGAAUUCAUCCAUCAACUUAAGAUGAGGCUUAAGGAUAAAGAUCACAUAUUAGAGGAGGUGUUAUCUGAAAGGUCUGAGGCAGCAGCAGCCAAUGAGAAGGCGACUCAGGAUCUACUUGAUACAAUCAAAGAUAAGGAUAACCAAAUCAAGGAGCUUCAUGACAGACAGAAUCGACUGACAGCCAAUAAGAAUAAUGUCAUUAAGGAGCUACAGAGAGAGCUGAAUGACAAGGAGUACAGCAUACAGUAUCAAUUCAUUGAUAAACUGCAAAAACGAAACCAACAUUUGAAGUCCAAGUUUAACCAAGCCCUCCAAGGAGCAGAAGAUUUGAAAGCAGAACUUGAAGCGAUAACUAGUGAGCUUGAAAGUUUGAAGCAAGCAACCCCAAGGAGUAUCAAUCCUGAGAUCAAUCGACUUCAGAAGCAGCUGAGAAAUGCACAUAAUCUGAAUGAGCUUCUAAAGAGACAUAUAGACCUGAAUAGCUCCCAAGAUACAGACCAACCGAGCUUCAAUCCAGAAUUGAUUGUAGAUUUGGCAAAGGAGAUAGAACGACUUCAAGAUCAACUCGGUCAAUCACAGGAGAAAAAGAAGACUUCAUCUUCAAUAGAAAUAGAAAGAAGUGCCUUGAAGGUGUCACCUCCUGAUGCUAAUGCAUUUGGAGCCUUACGACAAGAGCUUAAAAAAUCUCAGUCUGAGCUCGAAGACUUGAAACGUAAAUAUAGAGGACUCCAAGUAAAACUUCAAGCCACUGAAGGGACAGUCCAUCACCAGGCAGAGCGCAUCAAUCGCUUCCGUAGAGAGAUGCAUAAUGCAGGUCUAGCACCUCCAUCAACUCCAAAGAGAUUUCACAGUGACUCAAAUCUGCUACAUCUCAGUAAUUCUGGAGUCAGUCCACGUAGGCUUUCAGGAAUUAAUCUCAGCAUGUUCGCCCCAGGAGGAGGUGACAGUUCAACAUCUACAAGUCCCUGUCCAUCUGAACGAGGGGGACUUGAUGAUGUGUCAGUCAGUGAAUUUGGACUGACUGAUAAUGUAGAGGAUCUCAGACAACAGAUCUCAAUGCUGAAAAGUCAAGUUGAUCGUUACAAGCGCAUCAUCAGACACCUACAGCGCCGACUCCGUAAUGAAGAACAUUCACGCAGUCCAAAUAGAGCCCCAAGCCCUAUGAGCGAUAGCAGCUCUAGUGGCUGGUUUGAACUCACAGCAAAUCAAGAUGCCUUUGAGAGAUUAAAACAAGAGGUAGAUAACUUAAGAGCACAGGUACAUGAAACCAAUGAAGCUAAUGCUACUCUCAAACAUAUAAACACUGAUCUACAAGAUCAACUGCAGGUAGUUGAUGCUGCUACGGCCUCUAGAGGGCGCUGUUUAAGUGAUGAGAUGCUCAAAUCGCAAGAGGGAGAAAUUGCUGUGCUGAAAAAGCAGUUACAGGAAUCUCAGAAUCUGUGUGGAUUAUUGAAGUCGAUGAUGAAUGAGGCUUUAUAUGCUAUGGAGGAAGUCGUGGAGAAACAUGGAGGUGAUAAAGAGAAGGAACGCAACAUCUCACCCAGUAAGAUUAGUCAUGUCCAGUAUAAGAUGCAGAAGAGCAGGGACUUGGCUGAUAAACUCAAUCAAGUACUUAAAGAGCCAUCUCAUGCUUCCAAGGUGUCCUUUGUUGAUCUUAAUACAAGACCACUGUAUUUAGAAAGUUUGGAAGCAAAGGAUAAGGACAUAUCUCGUCUGAAGCGAGAAAUGAAAGAACGAAAGCAAUUAAACCAUAAACUACGAGAGCUUAUUACCGAGAAUCAAAGAGUAGCUGACGAGACCAGACAAGAUCUGCAAAGAUUGUCUGGAGAGGUUGAAGAGAAGAAUCAGAAGAUUGCUGAGCUUCACAGCCAGUUACGAGAAUCCAUCAAGACUUCUAAGAGGAGAGCGCCCUCUACUGACAGCCAUGUUCAACCCAAUGCACCCAAUGCUAGCAGGGAUCAGCAACUAGGGCUGUUUGAGGAUGAUGAGGACUUCCCUGACUCUGGAUUAACCACUAAUCCCAGAGAGUCCCAGAUGAGACAAUCUGAUUGGAUGAAUGAUAGAGGAUCUGCGGUUGGUCAAUCAGGACCUAUGACUUCCACCAUGAAACCUUCCUCAGUGACGCAUCCCAUCACAGCGUCUACACAAACCUACCCUCUCACGUCAAGCCGUCCGAAUGGUGGUAGUGGCCAGGAGAAUACUGCAGCGGAACUUACUCAUGUUCGAUCCAAGCUAAGAGACACUGACAGACUCAACUCAGCACUCAGAGCUGAACUAGAUAUCUACAAAUCAGUAUUGGGCGAUGGGGGUAUACCAAGCAGCAAGGCACGAGGGGAUGGUAAACAAGACCCUAAUGAUGUACUUAAAGAGUAUUUGGAGGAGCUGCGAGAAUUACGGAAGAGAUUGGAGGAAUCGAUCCGAGUGAAUGAUAGAUUGAGACAGAAGCUGGAAGAAAAGCUUGCAAGUAUGGGACAGGAGUCAGAAGGUGUAACAUUCAUCCAUCUUCAAGAGACCAAUAUAGAAUUGACUGAAGUAAACAACUCCAUGAAAACAACACUAUCUGAGAAGGAGCGUACCAUUAAGGACUUGAGGGGUGAACUACAGCACUCUAAGUUAUUAAAGUCUGAGCUCAACCAGAAGGACUGCACCAUUCAAGACUUGAGGGAUAAACUACAGAAAUAUUAUUCUUCACAAUCUGACAAGGAUCAUACCAUUAAGGGUUUAAGGGAUGAACUACAGCAAAUUCAUUCCUCAAAAGUGGAAUUUAUUGAAAUGGAACGCACCAUUUCCAAUCUUAAGGAUGAUCUUAAAGUGGCAAGAAAAGAUGUACAAAGGUACAAAGCUGAAAGCCUUCGUCUGAGAGAUCAGAUUGAAGAAAACACACAUCUAGCUGAAUCACUUCGAUUUGAACUAAGUGUUUAUGAGCACAUCCAUACCAAAGAUUCUCAGAUGAGUCCACGUGGUUCAGGAGGAGCCAGUCCACGUCUCCCCUCAGUCCGAGAUCCAGGUACCGGACUAGACUUAUCGGAGCUCCUUAAAGAAAUGCGACAUCUUCGUAUCCAGCUUGAGCGCAUUAUCGACACUAACAAUGCACUGAGACUCAAACUAGAGGAGAUGAUGAAGACUACUGGUCAAGGAGUCAAGUCACCACAAGAGGACCACAGGACUUCCGUGACUACUGUCACCAUGACAACAGCUUUAGAGAGGGAUAGAGUUGGUAAGGCUGCAAGGAGUUUUACCCCUCGUCAACUGUUUGAAGAUGGUGUUCUCAGACAUGAUGUAGCCUGUCAAACAACCCUGUCUGGUCGCCAGGCUACAUCCUACAUGUGUAUGGUUGAUGGUACGCUGCAAGAUGAAGAGUACUAUGAUAUACCAGGAGUGACACCUCUUAGAAACGCUGAUGGGAUGUCUUCAGUAACCAAGACAGCCUAUGAAUCAAGAAGCAGUAAUCCAGAUCUACAUGAUGGGAGUGAAGGAAAUAAACAUGCUAUUGCCGAUGUAGCUACUUAUGAUACAUUGAAACAUAAUCUACAUGAAGCAAGGAUUCACAUGAAUGUCAUUGAUACCAAGUUGUCUGAGAUGAUUCGAUUACACCCAGAGUCAUCCAAGGAUGUGCUUAAUCUGUCUGAUGAAGUACAUAAGCUAAAGACUCAUCUAGAUGAGUGUAAUCAUCAGCUAGCACGCUUCUGGAAAGGUCGAUUACCUCAGGGGGAUCAGGUAGCAAGAUUGAGGAGACGGCUAAAGGAACAGGACACUCUAAUGAAGGAGGCCCUCCAGAGACUGACUUCGACCAAUCGACUGAAAGAAGACAUGGAGCUGGCUCUGAUACAGCAAUUGUCCCAGACACAUCAGGUUUUGAGGCAGGCAAGAGGCAACCUGGAGGCUCAGACCGGUAGUGCAUCAAUCCCAUGAAGAUGGAGUUGAAGAAUGUUGCUUGACAGCUGGUCAUUUAUGAGUGGACAUCAGUGAGUUGACAUCAUCAUGUAUAUAUUAACAGCAGACAAUCUACAAUGUUUGGACAUGAACAUAUCAACACUAAAAAGUGGACAUCAAUGAGUGGAUUAUUGGGGCUGAAUUCUUUGUACAUCCUUUAUUUCUCUAAUACAAAAGCGCUUCCAUUGUAAAUGACCGUCUGUGUGGGUUGAUUUCUGCUACAGCUUAGACAGAGAUUUUGCUUAGACUUAGAGAUUCUAACAUGUAAACAUUCUACAUGUCUUGAAAUGCUGAGAUUAAUAUGUGAGUGUUGAUAUAGGGCCUAACAACUUGACUGUGGUCAAUAACUGGCAUCCGAGCUGGCUGUGUGUGUGUGUCAAAACAGUGACGUACAAUCUUCGCUACUGAAUUGCUUGCCUCUGUAUAAACAAGUUUAUUUUUAAGUUUUUAAUGAAUUAUUUCAAGUUUAUGGGUGGAUGUCUUUUUUAAGAUGAUGUGGAGUUACAUGUAUACCCCUGGUCUUGUCACAUAAUGAUGCAUUGUAUACAUGUAGGUUGGGUUCCACAAUAACCGUACUUGAAUUUCACUGACCAGUAUUUGAUUCUGUACUUAAAAUUAGAUGGCUGGGUAAACAUGGGUAAAUGGGUACAUGGAAGUUACCGCAAAUCAAAAUUCCAAAUAAUUGUAUCAAUAGUUUUGGUUGACUGUGUAAACGUCGUAAUGAACCCAAGCAUUCAAACCUUGACUGUAACAAUUGUGCAUUCCAUUCAAUAUGAAAGUAUGAAAAUACAAAAGGUAGAAGUAUUAAACUACAUGUAGUGCGUGGUCCAACGAUAUGUAGGCCAAUGGAAUCGCUAUGCGUUUUUUUAAUUUUUAAAUAUAAUUAUAGGGUCCAAUAAAAGCAGAAUUCAUUGAUGAGUAGCGAAUAUAAUUGGGCGCUGAUGUAUUUCCAAACAUUAAUAGUAGAUUGACCAUAGUAAUCACUCAGUUAUAUCUGUUUUAUGGUAAUUAA